AUGUUCGUACGUGGCGCCGCCCAGCAUUUUUUUGGGGCGGGCUCGAGCACGAGCAGGGCCACCAGCGAGCCAGGUUCCAGCACUAGAUGCUCGCUCGCGGCGGCAUCCGCCUUCCCGUUCCUCAACCCUCCUCUCCGUCCUUCUGCCGUCUUCCCCGCUUUCGCGCCCUUUUUGUUUGCCAGCUUCGGGAUCGCGAUGUUCGAAGCGUUGGUGCUGGCGCUCUUCGGCUUGCGCAGUACUCCCCCAGAGCACGCCAACAGGCAGGUAUCCGAGAGAAUCCCCUGGCCCAGAACUCAGGCACAGUAG